AUCUUUUCAUCCUAGGGUAUGAGCUCUGUGUAUUUCAACAAAGGGGAGAACUGCAUUGCUGCUGGGCGUCUUUUUGUGGAGGAGUCAAUUCAUGAUGAAUUCAUCGGCCGUGUGGUAAAAGAGUUAAAGAAGCUGAAGAUUGGAGACCCGCUGGAUCGAUCCACAGACCAUGGUCCACAGAACCAUAAAACACACUUGGACAAGCUGCUGGAGUACUGUGAUGUUGGAAUAAAGGAAGGGGCCACAUUGGUGUACGGCGGCAAACAAGUGGACCGGCCAGGUUUUUUCAUGGAGCCCACUGUGUUCACUGAUGUGGAGGACCACAUGUUCCUUGCCAAAGAGGAGUCCUUUGGGCCUGUCAUGGUUGUGUCCAAAUUUAAAGAUGGGGAUGUGGAAGGAGUGCUGCAGCGAGCCAAUGACACCGAGUAUGGCUUGGCUUCAGGUGUGUUUACCCGUGACAUAAACAAAGCCAUGUAUGUGAGCGAACACUUGGAGGCUGGAACAGUAUUCAUUAACACCUACAACAAGACCGAUGUGGCGUCACCUUUCGGAGGAUUCAAGCAGUCUGGCUUUGGCAAAGACCUCGGAGAAGAUGCGCUCAUGGAAUACCUCAAGACCAAAGCAGUGACUGUGGAAUAUUGAGACACUUUUCAACAAAAUGUCAAGCAUAACUUGAUAGGAAGGAACUUAAAGCGCCAAUGAGACAGCUACCACAAUUCAGAAUAUUUUUGGGGGGUUUAUUUUUUAGUGACGCAUUUUAUGAAAACCCUUUUAUGAGGCUAAAUGUUUUUUUUUUUUACUCACGACCCUGAUAUGAUUUUUUUUUAAUCUCCAAUUUGGAUUAUUUGUCUUGAAUUUAUGAGGUUUGUGUGCAUGAGGAUUAGCAAACUGACAGGUGAACUUGAGGUGUAUGCUGCCACGUU